CGUUUCUUCUUUCGCUUGUAGAAGAUAAUGUUAAAUAAGUAAAAAUAUCUUGAGAAAUUUUUAAUUUUCCCACUUGUGUAUUUGAGCAAAGCAGAAUUAAAUGGAGGUCUGGAAAUGUCAAAAAUCGGGUGGUAUUUAAACCCGACAUUAAAAAAAAAGUGUUGGGGAGAGAGAGAAAGAGAGAAGAAGAAAGAAACACACCCAACGAGACGAAUAGCAUUUGUCGAAAUUUUGCGUUUUUUCGAUCUGCAAAAAUUAAUUAAUAAAAAGGGUAGGAAGAAAAUUUUGUGGUGUUAUCGGAUCCGGGAUUUCCCCCAAUUCAACCCUAGAUGUUCUGAUUUCCUGAGACAUUAGCUUUUCUUCUUCGCCUAUCUUAAUCAUUCGGUUUGGUUGAUUUUUCCCUUUGGCUUGCUUUGUAUCCUCCAGUUUUGCUCUCUAUCCAUCCUUGAUUUCCCCUAAAUUUUUGAUUUUUCGCCUGAGAUUUUAUUAGGAUCCUAGAUUAAUCUCGCUCUUGCAGUACCUCGAUUUUCAUGGAUUUUCGGGUUCCGAUUCUCCUCCUCUGUGCGAUAGCAGCUGCGUCAUGCUUUCCUUCCGGGUCGGCUUCAUCCCGGGUGGACUUUUCCGUCUGCAAUCACGAAUUCAAAGUGUUCCGGUUUGAUAUAGAGGCCAAGUGCCCUCGCUCUCUGUAUCCGACUCCUCCCAUUGAGGUAGAUGGAGACUCACUUGACAGGUUAAUGGCUUUGAGCCCUGAAAAUGCUUACAUGUCAGUACUCUUUUAUGCUUCCUGGUGCCCGUUCUCACGUGCUGUCCGCCCCAAGUUUGAUAUGUUGAGUUCGAUGUUCCCUCAAAUACAGCACCUAGCUGUGGAGCAUUCUCACGCACUACCAUCUGUCUUUUCAAGGUAUGGUAUACAUAGCUUACCUUCAAUCCUGAUGGUAAACCAAACUCUAAAGGUGCGACACCAUGGUCGAAAGGAUCUUACAUCCCUGAUUGAGUUUUAUGAGGAAUCAACAGGUCUCCAACCUGUCCAGUAUGUGGCUGAAGCGGAACCAUUAACAGGCAGCUUAUACGCUGCGGAUGGUAACCUGAUCACAUGGUUACGCAAUGGGACAUCUGUUAGUGAAGUAUUCAAACGAGAUCCAUUCUUGGUACUAUCUCUGAUGUUUAUCUGUUUACAAGUGGCGAUCCUCGUCUUCCCCAUAGCAGAAUCGCGCAUGAAAGCGUUAUGGGCUUCUUAUGUUCCCAAUCUGAACCUGGAAAGAUUUGGAGAGAUAAGCCAACUGUUCAGCCGUGCUCUUCACAUGGUCGAUGUGAGGAGGCUGUGGUUGAAACUAAGACUCGUCAAAACAAGGAGCUUCCAUGAAAGGGCAAAGAACGCACAAGCCUGGGCUUCAUCGCUCGCAUCUGUCUCUCUAGGCCAAACUUCAUCAGACCAGUCCUGAUCCUAUAAAGGGUGAAAAGCAAAACCCUUGAAAGAUCCUUCUAAUAUGCCUUGUCAGCAUUGGAAAGAGAUAAGCUUUAAGUGUGUUCUGGAAAUCUGAGAGUUCUCUCUUACAUGAAUGUGAUAUUGACUUUUGAGUUUAUUUGUCUGCAUCGAAGCAUGUAAAUUCCAGGAAACAGCUUUGCUUCUGUUUGUGAAUAUCUUUUUGUUUUAUGAAUCUGAGGUGUCUGUUUUGACCUUGUUUCUUUUACUGAAUAAUUUAAUUGAGUCAGCUAAAUUUGUCUGAAUCUGUGCUACGCAAUUCUGUAUUGUAAUGUUUGUUCGAGUUCUGUCGACUCCACAACAGCUACAUGGUAUGGUUAC